GAUCAGCUGAGAUUUGCUCUGAUGUUUGUGUUCUAACAGCAGAAUGAAGAUGAGGAUGACCGCAGACGCUCAGGAGCCCGCCAGAUGUUGUGUCUCCGGCUGCAGCUGUACGCGCUUCAGACCAGGAAGCAUCCAGAUCAGGUCAUGUGAUCGCUGCGGACACGGCUGGGUUGCACAUGCUUCGGAGAAGUUCCAGACUCAUCCUCCUUCCAGCUGUGGCCCAGUGGAGGUGGCCCUUCCUGGGCUGGUGUUCGACCUGAGCUCCCUGGUCCUGUAUGGAGCUCAGGCCAUUCCUGUUCAGCUGAAGAUAUUACUGGACCGCCUCUACAGCAUCCUGACCCCAGAACAGGUUGGCCACAUUCUGCACACGCUGGGCUGGAGUUUGGGGGAUUAUGUCAGAGGGUACAUGCUUCAGCAUCCCAGUGGGAAGGUGUUGGAUCGCUGGUUCAUGGUGACCCCUAAAGAAGAGCAGUUCAUCCUGAAACAGUUCCUCCGUUUUGGUGAAACACGCGCCAUCGUUGAGUUAAUGACACUUCAGUUCCUGGAAACAACGGAUCACUCUUUUAAAGCAGAGUUAAAAUCUGUCCCAAAGAGCUGCCAAUCAAACGUCAACAGAAAUGGGCUGUCUUUGCUUCUGCCUUUUGACUUUUCCCACUCAAACCUCCACUGUCUGGUUCCUCCCACCAGGGAGCUUGUUGCUUCCAGUAAACUGACACAGAUCCUUCAAAAAGCUAGUGGGAAACAAAUGACUGAAAGCCACAAGCGUGAAGGAGGAAGAGGAGGGCAAGUUAAUGACAUGGUUGCUCAGCAAUCAAAAUUUGAACCACCUUUAAAAAUUAAGAAUGAACCAGACAAAGUGAACUCAUCUCGGUCACUGUGGCAUCAAAACCCCUCCUUCUUCAACGACCAGGAGCUUUACCUUCAGAGAGGGCUGAUCCAGCAGGAGAGCACCACCUCCAUGUCUACGUCCCUAAACUCUUCACUUAUCCCUUCUUUUUCUUCUUCUGCCCAUCCAUCAAUGUCCAACUCUUCAAAGUCUCCUCUAAAACUUUCUCUCAAGCCUCAAGACUCUCCUUCUUCCUCUUUGCAUCCU